AAUACUUACAAAGUCCAAAUUUGCGUCACAUAACAUGGCGGUUACAUCGUUAUUGAGACUGGAAGUAUUGUUUGCAAUAACCUUUUGCAUCGUGGCCGAAGUGUUAAUGCACCCAGAAAACGACGCACUGCAAGGUUCUAGUGAUAACAACUCUGAUGGAAAUAAACGGCCAGAAGAAAUAUGGUCUUGGGGCUAUGUGGACAAUACAAAAUCCAACAACCAGUCUGCAACCACCGAAGAACCUGAAGUGUGCAAACCGUAUAAUCCAACAGUACCCAACUUCGAGAAACCUGGAAGAAGAAUCAGUGAAGUCAAAUGCUAUGAAUAUCUAUGGAAUAUAAAUUUCAGAGAAGAGCGUGAUCGAAGAUUGGACAAAUGCUUUAAGCUGCAUAGUAAUGUCCAGCCAUCAUUUGCUAUUGGGGGACGUAACACAUUACCUGGCGAAUUUCCACACAUGGGUGCCAUAGGCUGGCAGGCAGUCGUUGGAUCCUGGAUAUUCAAAUGUGGUGGAUCGUUGAUUAGCAAUAAAUUUAUACUGACUGCGGCUCAUUGUACGAGCUUCUCCCUGAAAGACACUACCAUCGCUGAUCCUAUUCCUAAGAUCGUCAGACUCGGCGACAAAUAUAUUUUAGACAAGGAAGUAAACGAUGGCAUAAUCCCUGAAGAUAGAGAGAUCGUAAAUAUCAUUAAACAUCCAUCCUACAAUCCUCCGAAGAAAUACUACGACAUUGCCCUCAUGGAGUUAGACAAAGAUGUCUUCUUCAGCAAGUACGUGCAGCCGGCAUGCCUUUGGCCUCACUUCGAUCUCAGCAGUUUGGGGAAAAAAGCUAGUGCGACAGGAUGGGGAGUUGUCGAUGCAAGAAGCACUGACAUAUCGCCCGAACUGCAAGCUAUCGUAAUAGAUUUGAUAGAUACCCCGCAAUGUCAGCAAUUGCUCGAGACUUCGUGCAACAGACACUGGUGCGGUGUCGAAGAUCAUCAGCUGUGCGCUGGGAAGUUGGCUGGGGGAGUGGAUGCAUGUCAGGGUGACUCUGGAGGUCCUCUCCAAGUUGAAAUAUCUCUUCCUACAUCGUCUCAAGGCAAGAUAUAUUGUAUAAUCGGCGUGACGUCAUUCGGGAUCGGCUGUGCUCUCCCUGAACUGCCCGGGAUAUACACGAGAGUGUCGAGCUUCAUUGAUUGGAUCGAACAGAAUGUUUGGCCUACAGUCCACCAAAGUGGUACAGCUUAGUGCACUUUUAAAACCAAAGCUUUCUGGCAUUGAAACGAACGUCGAAUUGUAAUUAAAAACAACGUUCUUAUUAUGAAACACACAAUUAAGAAGAAUAAGUAUAUUAGUAGUUAUAGUACAUAAGCACAGAACAAUUAAUAUUAUAUUAUAUAUAUAAAUGUUAUGUUUAUAAUUCUUAAUAAUGCAUAUUAUAUCAACUUUUAUCCAUUAUAAGUUAAAAAAAUACGA